AGAACUGUUGUAAUUGACUUGGUGAGGGAGAUGGCGUCAUUUCGUGCCCUGGUGUAGCCUCCCGUGCUCGAAAGUAGAAGGGAGUAGGAUCUUUGGCCGACGCGAUCGUGGCUCCUGCAGCCGCGAUCGAGCACCGCCAAGCCGGACACCUCACCCAAGAAAAUAUGGAGGCUGUGGCCGAGGAGCUGCUGGCCGGCUCUCGGGUACCUGUCACUAUCGAUCAAAUAGUUAACGAUACACUAGUGGUGACGCUUACCUAUCGGGAAAGGAGCUACACGGGAAUAUUACUCGAUUGCAAGAAGAAAACCGGACUGUUCUGUCUACCAGAUGUCAUGACCAAGCCAGUACAAUACCCUUUACUAAAACCUGCUUGUGAAAUCCCAGAGGUCCUGAGUGAGGGGCCCAUUACAAGGCCUCUGAGCCAGGCUUCAUUUAGACCAAAGGAUGAUGAAAACACGCUCCCAGAGCCUGAACCAUCUAUUGACCCUUUACCUGCCCCCUUGCCCACACCUGUGCCCGCUGGGCAGGCUCCCUACCCUCCUUAUUUUGAAGGAGCCCCCUUCCCACAUCCCAUAUGGGUGCGUCACAGCUAUGGUCAAUGGGUACCUCAGCCACCGCCUCGACCAAUCAAGCGGAAGAAGAGACGGACGCGUGAGCCAGGCCGCAUGACAAUGAGCACGAUACGUCUCCGGCCCCGGCAGGUGCUGUGUGAGAAGUGUAAAAACACACUAAACAGUGACGAGGACAGCAAAGACGGCCUGACCACCACCAAAGCCUCCAGGAAAGAGAAUGCGCCACAGAGCGACGAGGAUGUCAAGGAUGGGCCAACCAAGGUGUCCAGGAAAGAGGACAUGGAUGCAGCCAAGGAGGCCAAAAGGCGAGAGAAUGGCCCUGGAUAUGACAGCAAGCGGCUCAGGAAGGACAAAAGGGAGGAGGAAGUGAAAUUCCCUGGUGGCGACAUGAUCCCCCACAGCCCUGUCAUAAAGAUUUCCUACAGCACUCCGCAGGGCAAGGGAAAAGUCAUGAAGAUCCCGUCACGGGUUCAUGGCUCGGUCAAGCCGUUUUGUCCCAAGCAACUGCUACACAAUGGCCUGGGAGAGAGCUGCAAGUCCUUGUCAGAACCCACCAAGGAGCAGCAGCACAUCUUAGAUGCCACAAGAACAGGUCUGACCGUCUCCAUUCCCAAACUAAAGCUCACCAGACCUUUUACCACCGUGGGCCAGGACCUCCCGUCCCCUAAGAUCCUCCUGCGGCCACGGGUGGACGGAGAGCACAGCCUGAUGGUGUACGAGGCUGAGCUAGUCGGUGCGCCACCGAGAAAGAGCCCCCAGGUACAGGAACCUUGCCCGCCCCACUCUCAGGAUUCUGAGGAGAAGAACUCAGUGGAGUUGUGGUCAGGGAGCUCAGGGGAGGAGGCUGACCGUGGCCACAGUGACCUCACCCUUCUCAUCAACUUCCGCAAGCGCAAGGCCGACUCCUCCAGCCUAUCGGUGUGCAGCAGCGACAGCUUGGACGAAUCCAAAUCCGUCAGCUCGGAUGGCACCUCCCCCGAGCUGUGCGACCUCGCGCCCGGCGAAGACAUCUCGGUGUCCUCCUCGUCCGCCGCGCCGUCCUCGGCGCGAGCCGACAGCAAGACUGUGCCGCCUCUUACCGUGCGCCUGCACACGCGCAGCAUGACCAAGUGUGUAACGGAGGAGGGCCACGCGGUCGCGGUGGGCGACAUCGUGUGGGGGAAGAUCCACGGGUUCCCCUGGUGGCCAGCCAGGGUUCUUAGCAUCAGCGGCAGUCGCAGGGAGGAGACGGCCAGCUGUGAGGCCCAGUGGCCUGAAGCGAAGGUCGCCUGGUUUGGCUCACCCACCACCUCCCAGCUGUCUGUGGCCAAACUUUCGCCCUUCAGGGAGUUUUUCAGGUCGCGCUUCAACCGCAAGAAGAAAGGGAUGUACCGGCGAGCCAUCCUGGAAGCUGCCAAGGCUGUGGGCCACAUGAGCCCUGAGAUCACCUCUCUACUGGCCCACUGCGAAACGUAGGAGCUAAGGGCUGAAAAACGGUCUCAGAGGUUUUCCUGAACUCUUUGUCCAGCCCAAAAGAGCCUACGAAUUGUUGCCACGGUCACUAUUUAUACAUCAUUUUACACACAUGGCUGGAGGGAAAUGGCGGCCAAGGUAUAGCGUUGGCCUAGAUAAGGGAGCAAGAAGGACAGUUUGAGGCAUCUUAUGAACUAUUCAGAACAAUUUCUCUUUUUGUUUUAGAUUUAAUCAUAUGACAAUAGAUCUAAAUAGAAACACUACAAAAACCCGAAUGUAUUUAUUAUCCGUGACAAUUUAUUAUUCAUUAUGAUUUAAGUCCACCUCUCCACAAUCCUGCAAAAAUAUCUACUCAGCUGCUCUUGCGGAGGGUCCUCUUUACCAGUUAGUGGUGACACUGAUCAAAUUGCCCAAGUAAAGGACUUUUUGUCCCACUCCCAUUUUCAUCAGAAGUUCCUCCCCUUCAGUGAACCAACCAGUAAGUGGCUCUACUGAUGAUAAAGUCUUAUUCUAGAUCUGAAAAUGUGAAACUGUUCCAUUAAAUGAUGGUACUGUCUGAGUACAGUACAUUCCAGCUCUUCUACUAUCACGUGUUUCAAUCCUCAUAGCCUUCAGGUGUCCCUAGACGGAUAUGUUGAUGUAUUUAUUACUGACCUCUGUCCUCCAUGCAUGUUUUUCUCUCUUCCAUUUCAUUUCAGGUUUAGUUAGAAGACUAGUGGGUUGGAGAAAAAUCCCCCCUCCCGCUGCUCUCCGAGUUAUUUUCUACUUAUCUUUAUUUAAUGUGUCAUGUUAAGAAAAUGCACUUUAUCUGUACCUUGGUGGCCUGCUGUAAGCUCACUUGUUCAAACACUAACUGGAGAUACAGCACUGAUAGGCAGUGGAAGAGUUUGUAUGUCUCAUGGUUGACUAUCCAUGGCCUUUGGAGAUAAAAUAUCUUAUAUAAUUUUUUUUCCCUUAUUUGGGGAUGGUGGAGAACCUUUCAGGGGUGGUUGUGUGCACUGUAUUCUCAUAUUUGAUUUGGGUGUGUCUUUGUAUGUAUGUUAUCUCAGUCCACCCUCACACACUACAGUCCACUGUCCACUGGAUCAAAUUAAAUGGACAAAUAAUUACAUCCCCCAUGCAUUCUCUCAAUUAAAGCUUUAUAAUAACUGAAAUGCUGUAAGAAUACUGUGAAUUCAGCUGCUGAGUGUGCAGAUGGCGGAGAUGGGGGUAGACUGCUUUGUGAUUUGCCACCGUGGCUACAGGUUGCAGACUGCUGUUACAGAGCUAGCAGUAGAGACAAAAUCUUCAGGAUUGACCUUUAGUGACCUUUGGGUUGAAAGAAGUGCUGUUGGGAGGGGGUUGGACUGCGCCGAGGAAAACCAUUGGUAGCCUUUAGCACACUGCAGAUUGCACACAUUCAAGUCUCUGUUGCCAUUCUGUACCCCUCCCCUGAAAUGAACGUCCUCACUCACUCGCAUGGAUUCAAUUAAAAGCGUCAGAUUGGUGUAAACAUAAAAUGGCUGUGUUUUCCAUAUUGCUUACACCAAUCCAAGGUUUUUAUGGCUACGAAACCAAUCAUAAAUCCUCUUCCGUCUGUGUUUGCCCCCUGAUUUGUGCUUUAAACUUCAGGAGGACUUAUGAAAUGAGAGAGACCCUUUUUGUUGCUAGGUUCCAUAUGAGAGAAUAACUCCCAUGGAUGAGCAAACCGACUGUCUGCUAUUGUUGUCCAUGUUGGUCAAUGUUAAUGGCUUUUUUUUUUUUUUUUUGUGUACUGUACAUAAAAUAAAAUAUACAAGCAU